AAAACUUCAGAAUCAGUUUGGAUGAGAUACUUCCCUCUCCAAAGCGGCGGCGGAUUCUCCUUCCGACAGAGCUCGAGCUCGAGCUCGACAGCAAUGGCGUCCCUGCCGUCCCUCCUCUCGCCGGCUCCAUCAUCUCUCAAAUUCCUGCUCCUUCGCCGGCCCUCCUCACUCCCGUCGCCCGCGACUUCGCUCUCUCCUCCGGCGCUCGCGUCCGCCGCGCCCCCGCAGAGAAAGGCUUCCGCGCAGGCGUCCGCGAAACGCUCUUCAAGGCCCUCCGGGACGACGCCGCCUCCUCCUCCUCCGCCACCUCCGACCGUGACCGUCUCGACCCCGGACGCCGCCGGAGCUCCUCCCGUCGCGACCAAGAAGGUCCUGAUACCGAUUGGAUUUGGCACAGAGGAAAUGGAAGCUGUGGUGCUUAUUGAUGUGCUUCGCCGAGCUGGCGCAAGUGUGACAGUAGCUUCUGUGGAGCCACAGCUCCAGAUUGAAGCCUCUGGUGGUGUUAAACUCGUUGCUGAUGUCCCAAUUUCGGAAUGCUGUGAUGAAGUUUAUGAUCUGGUGGCUUUGCCGGGAGGAAUGCCUGGUUCAGUGCGGCUCAGGGAUUGCGAAACCCUUCGAAAUAUCAUGAGCAAACAGGCUGAGCGAAAGAGGUUAUAUGGAGCUAUAUGUGCUGCUCCUGCAGUCACACUUCUCCCCUGGGGCCUUUUGAAAAGAAAACAGACUACUUGUCACCCUGCAUUCUUCGACAAGCUCCCCACUUUCUGGGCUGUUAAAUCAAGUAUUCAAGUUUCAGGAGAACUUACAACUAGCCGUGGUCCUGGAACUUCAUUCCUUUUUGCUCUGUCCUUAGUGGAGCAGCUCUUUGGUGAGUCUGUCGCUGCAGAAAUUGGAGAAUCCUUGCUGAUGCACGAUGCUGAUGAUAAUUCCAAAAACAAAGAGUUCAACAAAGCUGAGUGGGUCGUGGACCAUACUCCUCGUGUGCUAAUUCCAAUUGCAAAUGGUUGUGAGGACAUUGAAGUGGUAACUAUAGUGGACAUUCUACGGCGAGCCAAAGUAGAUGUGGUGGUUGCUUCAGUUGAAAGGCAUUUGCAGAUUUUGGGGUCACAAGGCACAAAAAUUGUUGCUGACAAGUUAAUUGGCGAAGCUGCAGAAACAAGCUAUGACUUGAUCAUUCUUCCAGGAGGAACUGCUGGUGCUGACCGUUUACAUAAGUCCAGAAUUUUGAAAAAGCUGCUGAAGGAGCAAAAUUUGGCUGGAAGAGUAUAUGGAGCAAUCUGCUCUUCGCCUGCAAUCUUACACAGACAGGGUUUACUGAAGGAUAAGAAAGUCACUGCACAUCCAUCUGUUGCCAACCACCUCGCGUGUGAAGGAAUAGAUGGUGCUAAAGUGGUCAUUGAUGGGAAGGUGAUCACGAGCAGGGGACUUGCAUCUGUCACGGAUUUUGCAUUGGCUAUCAUAAACAAACUUUUCGGCCACGGAAGGGCAAGAAGUGUUGCAGAAGGCCUUGUUUUUGAGUACCCCAGAAGUUAGGAAGGUCCAUGGGCUUAGUACGCAAAAGUCAACAGUUUUUGCUGGCUCAUUAUCCCUCUACUAAGAGAACUAUGUUUUUGCAUGGACAAGGCUUUAAUGUGGGAUUUUAGGGUUCUUCAGCUGGAUGUAGAGGGCUUCGUUGCAGAAUUAUGUGAAAGCUGCUCAUUUGAGAGAAUACUAUGCACUUCGUGCAGGUGCUGAUUGGCAGAUUCUGCCGUCGCCUAAUGCAGAUGGAUUGUGGAUGAACUGAUCCAAUGCUGUUUUCAGGAUGGACUGAUUUGGAGGAAAAACAAAGCGGGGAGAUGUGUGUGUACUGCGGAGCUGCUCUUACUUGUGUGUCCUAUUUUCGGCUGCAAGGGCUACGCAUCUAAUCGGAGAUAGAAGUUGGGAAUGUCCUUUCCUCGUUUCUUUCAGCAAUUUUUUUCUUUUCGUUUUUUAUUUUGUCUUCUUGUUUUAGUCAGUAAUCUGAUGAUACGGUUCUCUGAUUAGUGCUUCUUGUACAUACC